UUACGCCUCCCUGGGCUGGGGCCAGCUGGGAGCAGAGGCCUGGCGCCUCCAAGGCAUCCCGUAGCGGAGCAGCCCGAGGGGCCGUGCUGACCUUGGGCUUUCCAUGGGAACCACACUGUGCCUCAACUUGAACAUUCAUCCCAACUGCAAAGGAGCAAAGAACCUGUGUCAUCCCUGUCCGGAAGCUGCCAUCUCUCUCCCGUGCACAUCCAGGAAGUACGCUGCUAGUGGCCGCCAUAGCUCUGAUUCUCCUCCACCUGCUCUCACGUGAGGCAAAGGUCUCCUUUUCUCUUUACUUAAAAAAGGGGAGAGGAGGGUUCCUAGAUUCCAUCUUCAAACCCCAGUCUUCCCAUAAAAUUGGAUGUGGGAAAAGACCUUCACUGCGGUGUGGCCUGUCCCAGACCUCUCCUAUCGAAGGCCACAAAACCAGUCCAGGCUCGGCAGAGCCGCCUUUGGCCCUUGUAGCUCCUGCUGGCCCCACAACGGGGAAGCAGUUUGCAAAGUGGCUCAGAAGGAGUGUGGCCUAGGAAUCUGCUACAAGUGGCUGGGUGUAGCAGGAGAGCCCAGCGUCACCUCCUGGUCCUGGUCAGCCUUAACACUGUGGCAUCCUCCGCAGCACACACAGCGGCCUGCAGUCUGGAAAGCGGACCCGAGCCUUUGCAGAAAGGCGCCAUGGAGCCGCAGGCCCGCACAGCAGCCCCAGCCUCCCACUCCUGACUGUGAGAACAUCGGUUCUAGGAGAGCACUUUGUUUAAAGCUCCCAUUUUGUAACCACUCGUUUGCAGUUGACUUGAGUACUCUGGUGACUUGCUGCGUGAAGCCAUCUCCAGGCAGGUUUUCUUUCCAAGAGUUAAGUCUUCCCUUGAAGGCAGGGAAGCAGGAUGGAUACACAUGUAUCAUACACAUAAAGUACCAGGCGCAGGAGCAGCCCGAACUCGAGGCUGACUAAACUGGAGGCUGCACCGUGGAGGUCUGCAUGCAGCCUCCCUGGAGGGCAGGGAGGGGGCGCUCCCGCCCCUGGGCUUGAGGGUGCCGCUCCCCGUGGGCUUCCAGGCCUGCCCAGGUGAUGCCUUCAGGCCUUUGCCCCUGGCGGCCAUCUUCAGGCCGAUUUUGACCAGCAAUGAUAGACUCUUCUUAACCCUUUCAAAAAAUUUUUUUCAGUAGGACAGGAAGCAGAGUUAAAAAACAUUUUUUUAAAGGUGGUAACAUCUGACCCAUGAAGGGUAUGGGUCUGUUUUACGCUAAAUAAACGUUUUUCAAA